GGAUGCCAUGCUCAACAUUUGCUUGAUGGCUAUGUUGUUGAUAGCAACCUUUCAGUUUAAAUUGGUCGCGCACCGAGUAAGUGACUGAUUGACUUGGUCUAAGAAGCAAUCUGGCGGAAUAUGUAUAGCACCUAACGUCGGCUAAGUUAUUUUUAGCUACGGAAAUUCCCCGUGUGGCUUUGUGAAAAACGUAUGGACGAUAACUCUGAAAUUUUAGUUGUCCCCGCGAAAGCGAUUUGUGCAGGCGAUAAAAAUUAAAAAUGAAAAAAAUGAGUGUGAAGAGUGUGAAGCGUGAUGCUUCAACGUCAACGCUUGGACACGAUGAAGCCAGAAAACCACUGAUGGCAGCCUACAUGUUCCAGCGACGUGUACUGUUAGGCUGUAGCGUGCUAAUGGCAUUAUCUCUGAUUAUCUGGAUAAUUGCCAUUGCCACCGAUCGUUGGAUCAUCAUAACCGGUGGAGGAGGUAUUUUUAUUCCUGAAACUCGUCGCUUCUUUAUGGCUUCGCAUUCCGGUUUAUGGCGUCACUGUCGAGAAACGAAAACACCUAAUGCCUUACCGAAUUCGACUGUCAUACGAAAUUUCACAUCCUUCGCUUUUACGAAUGUUGGUUUGGUUAACAACGCUAAAAUGAAUAUGUCACAUAUGGAAUUUAUUGAUGAUUUUCGCUAUGAAAAUGUAACAUUUCCAUUAAAAAAUUUUACACAAGAAGCUAAGAAACGUAUGUUCGCACAUUGGAUAAGAAACGAUGAACCCGAAUUCCAAACUUUGAAAGCUGCUUUCCAAAGUCUAGAACUCUCAUCAGAAAAAUCACGCAAGGCGUUAAAUCCGAGCAGUGCUAAACCGAUAGCUAUAAAUCCUUUGGAUAUACAAAAUGCGAAAGAACGUAAAACAUUCGGAAAUGCUUUACAGGAAGUGGUUGUAAACUCAACAAAUUAUAAUUUUGUUAUACCGGAAUCUGGACAAGCAGCCAUUUUUGAAAACUGGAAUAAAAUAGAUCAAGUACUUAAUUUAUUAUGGGCAUAUUUCCGGGAUUUAGGUAUACCACCAUACGUGUUGAAUGAGAAUGGAGUUGUAUUACAAUUGGUACCACCAAUACCACCUAAGAAGCAACGAUUGGCUUAUGGUUAUGAUUAUGUGCCAAGUAGUAAGUUGAAUGUUAUACAA